ACUUGUCAAAACUGUCAAUUCAUGUUGUUUUGUUGUUGAGGUUAUUUUUCAAAACAUCGCCGGAUUUAUCUGAAUUUUGUAUAAAAUGUCGAGCAAACCCAAUUCAAAGCGAACGAUAUACGUAGGCGGCCUCGCCGAGGAGGUUGACGAGAAAGUUCUCAAUGCAGCAUUCGUUCCUUUCGGUGAUCUGGUGGACGUGCAAAUACCUCUUGAUUAUGAGACAGAAAAGCACAGAGGUUUCGCUUUUAUCGAGUUCGAAAACGCUGAAGAUGCUGCCGCUGCGAUCGACAACAUGAAUGAUUCGGAGCUCUUUGGCCGAACAAUCAGAGUGAACAUAGCAGCCCCGCAACGCAUUAAAGAAGGGUCCACUCGGCCGGUUUGGUCCGAUGACAAUUGGUUGCAGAAGCAUGCUGGUGAGACGCUACCUAUAAACAAAGACAGCGAAGAAAACGGAGUUAAAGAAAAAACAGACGCAGACAGUGAAGCACCAGCAAAACCUGUAGAGAAGAGGAAUCCCCAAGUCUAUUUUGACAUCAGCGUGGGCAAGCAAGAGAUCGGCAGGAUAAUAAUGAUGCUGCGAGCUGACGUAGUCCCGAAGACAGCGGAGAACUUCAGAGCGCUGUGCACACAUGAGAAGGGUUUCGGAUACCAGGGCAGCAGCUUUCACAGAAUCAUUCCAGAUUUUAUGUGUCAAGGCGGAGACUUCACCAACCACAAUGGGACAGGUGGGAAAUCAAUAUACGGGAGGAAGUUUGAAGACGAAAACUUUACGCUCAGACAUACAGGCCCUGGUAUUCUGAGUAUGGCCAACUCUGGACCUAAUUCGAAUGGGUCACAGUUCUUCCUAUGUACUGCUAAGACUGAUUGGUUGGACGGCAAACACGUGGUCUUCGGUCACGUGAUCUCCGGUCUGGACGUCAUGAAGAAGAUGGAGAAAUACGGCAGCAAGGGAGGCGCGGUGUCCGCUAAAGUUAUCAUAAGCAAUUGUGGAGAAUUACAGUGAUUAAGGAUA